GGUCGCCGAGUUGAUCGGGUCUCGCCGAUGACUUGAUUGGUGCUAUCGGAGCCCGGGUCAAAGUUGACGUGCGAGUGCACGGGCGCGUUCUGAGCGGAGCCUAGCGACAGAUGGACUUGUGAUGACUUGUGAUGAUGACUCGCCAGGAUUACGCCAAGAAAAGCGGACGGCUUUACCGCGCCACACCAGCACCCGAACGGACGGAUGGACGGACGGACGGACGGAGGGGAGCGGCAACAAAGUGCUCGUGCUGUAUUGACCAGAGGCCAGUUUUGGAAAAUCCCGGCAUCACGUUGAAUACGUUCAUCGCAGGACGACUCGGCGGGAUGGGAGAGGGUGUCCGCUCAUCAUCGUCGGGUUGGGACACUGCCAUGUAGCCGGGACCUUCGGCAAAGCGCCGGAAAGUGACGUCCGCGCAUCCGCCUUUGCCAUCCGCCCGUUUCUUAAACCUCCUGGCCUGGGUUUGGCCAUGCCGCCCCGUCUCUGAGCCUGGUCCCCAGCCGGCAAGAGGAAGCGGAGCUGUCGGCCAUGUUGGAAAAUAUGUCCCGCCGACAGCGUUCUUUGCUGUCACUGGCGUUGACCUCGUUGGCCCUCAGCUUGUCCGUGUCGGCCUUCUGCACGUCGUACUGGUGCGAGGGGACCCACAAGGUGGUCAAGCCGCUCUGCCUGUCACCCGUCAAGAUGAGAAACUGCGGCCAGAACAACAGCCAGCCCUACACCACAGAGGCCCCAACGCCGGACCCCAGGAACCCGCCGUCCAAUGUGACGCUGACGUGGCUGCAGAAGGAGCAGCUGGCCAUCCUCAGGAGGAAGCAGCUGGCCAACGCUGUCCAUUACAUCUGGGAGACGGGCGAGGACAAGUACAUGCUGCGUUACUUCCACACGGGAUUCUGGCUCUCGUGUGAGAGGCACAACGAAGGGGAGGACCAGGUGGAAAAGUGUCGCAGCUUCAUCGAGCUGACCCCGGGCGAGACUCAAGGUGUGCUGUGGCUGUCGGUGGUCAGCGAGUUCAUGUAUAUCGGCCUGCUGGCCAUGGGCUUCUUGCUCAUGUGGGUGGAGGCCAUCUGCCUGUGCGCCAAGAGGGAGAUGAACGCCCUCAAGAUCAACGCCUUUGCCGCCAUGUGCACCGUGCUGUCAGGCAUGAUGGGCAUGGUGGCACAUAUGAUGUACACCACCGUCUUCCAGAUGACCGUCAGCAUCGGGCCCAAAGACUGGAGGCCUCAGACGUGGGACUAUGGCUGGUCCUUUGCCCUGGCGUGGCUGUCGUUCAGCUGCUGCAUGGCGGCUGCCGUGGCCACGCUCAAUUCUUACACCAAAACCAUCAUCGAGAUGAAGCACCGCGCCCGCGUACGCUUGGACGAGGUUCGCACCGCCGCCCGCGCCCCAUCCUACGAGGAGGUGCUCCGCGCAGGGGGCGGUCUCUAUUCAGUCAGCCAGCUGAUCCAGCUGGGCCAGCGGGGGGCACUCCUGGACCCACUGUGGCCGCGGGGGGCGGGACCCGCUGUGGGACCGCUGGCCUGCGGGGCCGGCGGGGCGCUGGUGGGGAUGGGAGUGGCGGGGAUGGGGGUAGUGGGCGUGAGUGGGGGCCCAACGGCGUCGGAGGCGCGGCCGGCCGAUCCCGUGGGCGGCGCCCUGGUACUGGAGGGAUGCGGCGUGGACGGAUGCGAGGACUGCGAAAGGGAGCUGGACCAGAUGGACUACCUGCACGAGGACAAGGACGGCUCGCUCUGCUGACGCUUGCUGGUCUGGAGAGGAACUGCAUGACGCUUGACAGGAAGCUUUUUCCAGACUUCUGGAGAACAAACUCGUGUGAUUCUGGCUCAGGUAGAAGACGUGACAAGAAACCACAGACCACUUUUUUUUUUCUACUUGAUGGCCCCGUAGACGAGAUAAGACAUGACCAGUGAUGACAUGCAUCCAAAACUGUGUUGAGUAAACGCGUUGCUUCCUCACCCUGCA